AUGUCGUCCCUUUCCCGACGCGCCUGCUACAAAUGUGGCAAUGUUGGCCAUUAUGCGGAAGUCUGCACUUCCUCCGAGAGGUUGUGCUACAACUGCAAGCAACCAGGCCACGAAUCAAACCAGUGUCCUAUGCCACGCACAACGGAGACAAAACAAUGCUAUCACUGCCAAGGGCUAGGACAUGUUCAAGCGGAUUGCCCGACCCUCCGCAUCAAUGGUGGUCCUGCCGGGGGUCGUUGCUACUCAUGUGGCCAGAUCGGUCACUUGGCUCGUAACUGCCCUACUCCAAACAUGGGACCGCCCACUCGUGGCCGCGGAGGUUAUAGUGGCUUCCGCCCGGGCUACGGUGUCACCAACAACCGGGCUGCGAUGUGCUACAAGUGCGGUGGACCUAACCACUAUGCUCGAGACUGUCAAGCUCAAGCUAUGAAAUGCUAUGCCUGUGGCAAACUGGGCCACAUCUCUCGCGACUGCACGGCUCCAAAUGGUGGGCCAUUGAAUGCUGCAGGCAAGACCUGCUACAAAUGCGGACAGCCAGGUCAUAUUAGCAAGGACUGCACUUCCACCACUGAAACCAAUGGUUCGGCGGUCGCUGUGACGAAUGGAACUCCUGCUGAUGCUCCUGCAGCUGCUCCUGCGGCGGAUGCCACCGAGGUCUCUACCACUGCUGCCCCCGCUGCCGCAGUUGCGUAG